AUUUAGCGCAUGCGUACGUAGUUCUUUAUAUUUUUUGGGGGGUCCGAUUUUGAUUUGUCRCAAAUAAAAGCACACUGUUUUGUGUGAACAUCUAAAGUGAGGACCACACUGGGCUAACUUAAUUCAGAGAUCGUUUCAUUGCAUGAGUUUAAAUUAUACAAAUAAUUUUGAAGGAGAAACGACGUCUAAAGUGUGUUGUUCUUGKCGACCGAGACGAUUUUGACUCGGUCGUUGAAUAAUGGUCUUUUACGAAGCGAACACUGGUUUCGUGGUUAUAUUUUCUCUGCUAGAUGUUCUAGCCGCUGUGAGCAAUCUUGCUGUCAUCCUACUUAUGUUCUUCAAGCCGUCUCUACGAACYGUGAGCAAUCUUCUCGUAGCCGUUCUCGCAUUGGUGGAGUUUUCAGUUUCUCUUUUCGUCAUUCCCUUCUCGAUUGUCUCAUACAAGAAGCAUUCAUGGCAAUUCGGCGAAGGCUUUUGCAYUUUCCAUGGCUAUUUCUACCAGACAUUAUACAUCGCUACGGCGACUCUAACAUCGGUGAUCAGUGUAGAUAGGUAUUAUUCACUGGCGAAUCCAAUGAGCCACACUGCCAACAUCGCCGAAAAACAUUUACUAUGGGUCGUGGGAUUUGUGCUGGUACAGGCAGCCUUCUGGGCAAGCAUACCGCUUUUUAAUAUCGGAGAACUGAACUAUUCUUUCCUUCCCCAGCAAUCUCGUUGUGGAUUCAAGUGGACAUUGAGUGGAGCGUUGGGAACCUAUUAUUUCUUCAAUCUAAUGAUUAGCUUUAUUCUACCCGCUUGUGCUAUUAUUGUCAUGUACCAUAAGAGUGUACGGGCUGCUCUGCAAAGCGCUAAAAAAAUCAGACCGGGGAAUAUCCAGUUCCAAACGUCCAAAGAUGGACAGUUCACGUCAGUAGCAAAAGCCCAGUCGACUAGCAACAUCAAAGCAAUAAUUACAGUUUCUGUUAUMGUUGGUAGUUUUCUUGCGAGUCGAUUGCCAAUGGUGGUGUGCAAUAUUGGGUCCUGGUAUAGUGGCCAGGAUUUCUGCCCUCCCAUGGCCGAGCUAGCAUUUUCCUGGAUGUUGUACCUGGGUCCUUUAUUGAAUCCCUACAUUUAUACCUUYCUAAAUAGGCGACUUAGGAAAGAAAUUACGCGAACUAUUAAAUCCUUCAUCAACACUAAAAGUUCUGAAGAAGAAGAAGAAGAGCCAAAAGAUAUUUUGGAAUAUUUGAGAACUAUAACGGAUAAUUGUGUGUCUGCAUCGCAGUCAAAUUCUGGCAACGCAGAAAUCCCCACUGUCUGUGCCGGAAGCAAUGCAACAGAGAUACAUAUAAACGAAAACAUUACCGAAAUCGAAAUAUUACAAACACCAACUACCACGGAUGUAACUAGCUCUGUUUUCGAGAUGCAAGUUGUUUCUUCUAAGGCAGCAGGUGAACCUGACAAAGAGUAACGACACAAAAAAUUAUCCAAAUGAUGUUUGAAUUAUSAGCCUGGACUUCAAAAGAUAUCACACAUGUGGGCAUAAAUCAGACAAAUUUAAAUGGUCGUAAGUCAAAUUGAGACAUAAGAUUGGUCUUUUGGGAAGUACAUAUAUAAUACAUUUGGAGUAUGUAUGUGGAAAGGUUUGAAUCGACACUCAGACAUUAUAUGAUGUAUUCAGCCUGUGGGGCUUUCAGGAAGAAAACAGAAUUCAAAGAACAUGCUUUUAAUUAAAGAAAUAAUUGGUUGAAUAUAGAAAAAAAUAAAAUAAAAAGAUUUGCUGGUCAAAGGCAAGACAAGAGAAAAAAACUCUUUAAACGACAUUUGCAAUUUUACAGUUUUCAUUUCUGCUUUCCUUUUACAUAUUGGAAAGAAAUUAAAAGGUCUGUCUACCAUUUCAUUCGACUCAAAAUUUCUUAAAAUUAAAAUUGUAAAGUAGAAUUAUUGAUUUUGGUAUAUAAUAUAGCAGACACAGAUAAUGCUGAUGUAUAUGUAGAUAAUACAUGUUUUGAAUCCAUGAAAAACGCCGUCUGGUUACACUGAUUGCUCCUAAAAUAAGAAAUUAUCAAUUGUUCAGACGAAAAUUUCAAAUGGCCAAUAUUGCUGAUUAUCGAAUUAGUUUUCUUUGGAAUCAAGUUCGGUAUUUUUCAAUGUAACUAAUAUAAAGAUAAAUAUUUGCUAGCUUUAUCAUUAAUAUGAAUCACUUCUUUGUAAAUAAACGACUGGUUUUACAAUGUAAGUUUGGAGCUCUGAGACAUAUUCGGCACUGCCAAUUCAGAACCACAGUCUUCUGGUUUGAAUCUUAUAUCGCUUAUGUUUCGUUAAUGUUACUUUAAAAAUCUCGAAUUCCAAUCUGUUUUAUCGAAUAAAAGAGAAUAAAAAUUAAGAGCAAUGGAGAGAAAAUUGUUUUUUUUCCYAAGUCUUCAUUGACUGAUAAAUUUUGUAAAGAAAUAAUACACGACUGAGAAGAUUUCCCUCAGUUUAAGACAUUCGUACCAGGAACGCUUGACAACGGAAAGGAGAAAAAAA